AUGGAAGAGAUGUGGAACCGAGUCAAAGCCGAAAAACAACCAACGAAACCUAACACGUGGCAAGGCCAAGGUCAUGUCAUUUCAAGAAACGACUCAAGAAUGUCAACAUCGUCGUGUCCUUCUCCGUCGCGAGCGAGGAGGCCUCCGCCGUCGCCGGCACCGUCAGUAAUGAUGGAGAGAAUUCCGACGUGGGUGAAGUUGAAAAAAGAGUUAUCAAUGGGAAGAGAUGAGCUCAAUUCACGAGUCGAAGCUUUCAUUAGAAAAUUCAACGACGAAAUGAAAUUACAAAGGUUGGAAUCUAUUAGACGUUAUAAGCUUUUCCGUCGUCGGAGCGAUGAUAAGUAA